UAAUGAUGAAUUCAUGACUUGGUAUAAGAACAAGAUAAAUGUCAAAAAUCAGCUAAGCCUUGUGCAAUCAGCACCUUACCUCAACAUAUGGCACUGUGUUCGUUAUCACCAGGAAUCUGGAAUUCGAAUAAGAAUUGCCCAAGCUUUUGGGACUGUUAAGGGACUAUAUGUGAAUGCAUUUGCAAGAAUCAUUAAAGGAACAGAAAGCAAAAAUUUACCUGAGCUGACAGGCCAGGGUGGAGAAGAUGAGAAGAUUUUCACCUGUAAGCUUGAUCUCACAAGUCUUCAGAAGUCACCUCAGUGGACUGACCCUUCUACGUUGUUGCAUCCAUACCUUGAUACAUACACAGUGCUAUUAGUGCAGUUGCUGAGUUUAGAUGCAGUUUACACCCGCGACCCGAGUGGGCAGAGGCCUGGGCAGGUGACAUCCCGAUCUGGAAAUGCACUUCAGCUUACUGCCAAAGGAAGGCUGACAUGGACUGUUAUUCCUCUCUUUGAUGGUAAAUAUGUGAGGAACGGACAACACAGAGCUCCAUUGUUCGAGGGAAUUCCAAGUCCUGAGUUUCUUGACUAUAUUAGAUCACAUCCUGUGAAGGAUGCCUUUGUUGAUGGAAUACAGAAAAAGGCACUGAAGAUCUCAAAGAACUAUGGAAGCCUUACAGUGGAAGUGUGGGAUGGUCAUUACUUUGAUGAAGAGCACUACACCUUACCCGAUGCAAUUCAUUUGUUCCACAAUGCCUACUGUCUGUGAGAGAUAUGACAUAUGGAACAACUACUGUAUCCCCAACAGUGAGUACAAGACCUGGAAAACCUAACCCACAAAAUGAGGUCAACUGUCUGACUCAAGUCAAAGAAGACCAUCCUAAGUGAGAAUACAAUGAACUCCACAAUGCUUUUGUAGUAGCUUUAGCAGAGUGGCUCUUCAAAUUUAUUUAUUUUUAUUUUAACAUUUGUUUACCGGGAAAAUCCGACUUGGAACAAAACUGAUUUUCAGCUGAGGCCCGGAGAGAAAUGCUCCAGAUGCAUGUUUUUGUAAUGAAUAACUUCUGCCCACUUUGAAAACUUCUGUCCACUUUGAAAAUAUAUAUCCACCACUACUAAUGCAUAACUAAAGCUCCAUUUGCUGUUGGCAGAGGCUCAAUCUAGUCAGUCUGUAUGGCUUGCCAUGGACCAUCUGCAGCCGGAAGUCUGCACAGUUGUGGCUUUUGACUGGUAGCAUUGUUUGCAGGUAAAUCAAACAUUCCUCCACUACUUUAGAAUACCUUUCUAACUGUGGAUUCCAAAAUUUCAGCCUUGCUACUUCCAGCAAUUUUGAAAGACCAACAUACCAUAAUACCUGAUAGUUUAACCUCAGUAACUGCGACAACAAUUUAUUUGUUUACAAUACAAAAUAUUUUUGGCACAGUAUUCUUUAAUACAGUGCUGCAAAACAUGUGAAUCUCCAUUAGUAGCCUGAUUUACAGACAGAUCUAAUAAAGGUGAUUGCACAAUUGACAUAUCAGCAUUCACAUCUGUUU